CCCCGCCAGGCGGGCGGGCCCCGGGCGGGGCGGCGCUGCGCGGGCGCGGAGGCGCAGAUAAGGGCGCCGCGAGCGGGUGCUGGCACACAGCCGGCGGGCUGGGCACGGAAACACCGGGGCUUCCUCCGGGGAGCCCGGCUCUGAGGCGGCCCCCGCGCACCGCGGGGUGGCAGCGGCGGCGAUGCGGGCGGCCUGGCUGCUGCUGCCGGCGCUGGCCGCCCUGUCCGCGUACUACGUGUACCUGCCGCUGCCCGGCACCGUGUCGGACCCCUGGAAGCUGAUGCUGCUGGAUGCCACCUUCCGGGCCGUGCAGCAGACGUGUCACCUGAUUCACUACCUGAGACUCAGCCAUCACUUAAUAGUUCUGAAUUAUAUAAUUUGUACCUUUGACAAACUGAAGUCUGUCUCCUCUGAAGACCUUACCAUCACAGAUGCUGUUUUUGAUGGCGUGGAAGUCCGAAUAUUUGAACCCCCUAGGAAGCGGGAUGAACAGCUCAAGCGCAGCGUUGUUUACAUCCACGGAGGGGGCUGGGCCUUGGCAAGUGCAAGAACAAGCCUUUAUCACAAUCUCUGCAGAAUCAUGGCUGAAUCUCUCAAUGCUGUAGUUGUCUCAGUUGAAUACAGGCUGGUACCAGAGGUGUGCUUCCCUGAGCAAUUCCACGAUGCUCUUCGGGCUACUAAACAUUUCUUGCAGCCUGAUGUCUUGGCUGAGUAUUCAGUUGACCCGAGUCGAAUUGCAAUUUCUGGCGAUAGCGCAGGAGGAAAUUUGGCAGCUGCUGUGUGUCAGCAGCUUAGCAAAGAUGAGCAUUUGACCGUCAGACCAAAACUGCAGGCCUUAAUUUACCCAGUCCUUCAGGCGUUUGACUUCAAUACACCUUCUUAUCAGCAGAACAUGAAUAUGCCUGUUCUUCCUCGUUAUGUCAUGAUCAACUAUUGGAUAGAUUAUUUCAAUGGGAAUUAUGACUUGGCUCACUCACUGCUGAUUAACAACCACACUGCUCUGGAUGUUGGCGAAGCUCUGUCUUUCAGAGGACGUCUGAACUGGACAUCUCUACUACCUUCAUCAUUCAAAAAGAACUACAAGCCUUUAAUACAAACCACAGGCAGGGCUGAAAUCAUCCAGGAGAUCCCAGCACUGCUUGAUGUACGAGCAGUCCCGCUCCUUGCAGACAAUGAAACUCUGCAGAUGCAGCCCAAGACUUACAUCCUGACCUGUGAGAACGACGUCCUGCGAGAUGAUGGGGUGAUGUAUGCCAAGCGCUUGGAGAACGCCGGCGUGGAAGUCACGCUCGAUCACUUUGAUGACUGCUUUCAUGGCUGUAUGAUAUUCACCAUCUGGCCUACUGACUUCUCAGCGGGUGUUCAGACCAGGAACAGCUACAUCAAAUGGCUGGAUGAAAACCUCUGAAGAGAAAUCUCUCCAGAAGACACAGGGUGCCCAUCUCUGGUGUCUGUUCUUGCUAAAGAGCAAACAGUAAAAAAGUGCACUUUUCCAAAUUCAUCCGUUCAACUGCAGCUGCUGGUGGGGGGUAGUUACAGACGACUAACUACAGCAUUUACUAGCUCGAUUGACCUUGCCCAGCAAAGAAUUUUGAGAAAUACCAUUUCCAACUUUGAUUAUUUUUUGGCGCCCCCCUUUUUUUCAGAUGACUAUUGCCAAACAUAAGCAAAUGUUGAGCAGGGAGAUCAGCAUUCCUGUAGCAUUCUUAACUGGCUGCAGCUCUCAAGCUUUGACUCUUAAUUAGUCACAAAGGCCAUCAAUUUUUGAGUGAUGGGAGAUAAGCCAAACACCUACAUCUACAUGUGAAUAUGUAAAAAUGGGAGCUAGUUUUCAACAGCGGUGAGCACUUGCUGUCAAAGAAAGUGUGAGCAGUCUCGCCUUUGACAGGGGAGCCAUGCAUUUUAAUGUCAUGCAUGGAUUUAAGUGUCAGCUUUAGGCACAUAGUCAAAUGGCUCGUUUAAAUUUGAAAAAAAUAAAAAGGUCUUCUGGGCAGUUAAGACCAUGCUAGACAAGUCUCCUAGCCAAACAUGUAAUUCAGCUUUGGAAUUUAGUCUUUUUAGUUAUUUAUAUUUUAUAAAAGCACAGGACUAAAUAUAUUUUCAAUAAAAAGUAUUACAGCUUGCAUAGAAAUAUAUAGGACAAAAUACUAUGUGUAGCAGCAGAAUCCAGGUGGUUUAUGUGAGUGAGCUUCAAAGCUGACUACUGAUUUGGCUAAAGAAUGUGGCUUUGUCUGUGUUUAAAGCCUCAGCUUCAUGACCUCCUUACAGAACAUACAAGCUACUAAAAAAAAUCUACUGUGUCAUUUGCACUAAUGUUUGUAAUUAGUAGUAGUUCUUGUUCAUUGACUUUUCUUUUGUGCUUGUAAUGUUUAUUAUAUUUCAUGCUUACUGGAAGGAUGGCAGCAAGGGAACAGAAGUGGGCUCUAAUCUAUACGGAAGAUUUAAAUCUGAUCUUUGCAGCUAAACUUUGUGUUGGAGACUGACCCAAAACGUGAGGUAAGAUGAUCUUGUUGUGCAACAAUCUCUACAGUUUGAGCCAGUCUGUAAAUUCCAGACAGCAAGACAGGGAAGUGAAACAACUUGGGACACUGUGUGUUGUCCAGGAUGCUUACUGCUUGCAGAAGCAAAGGAUGUGUCAAAAGCCCAGUGUUUCUAGCAAAGAGGAGAGAAUGGCUGUCCCGUGACUAAAGUAGUGGAUUAAAUUCGUCCUUAGCUUUACCACAGAUUUCCUGUGGGACCCCAGGAGAACAACUUAAUCUCUUUACGCCUCACUUUCUUCUUCUGCAAGAGAGGGAGCAGUAAUUUCCUACCUCGCAAAGUAGCUGUGAAGCUGAAUUCACAGGUGCAGGUGAAGCACAGGGACACGAGGGUGACUGGCAGGCACUGAACGGCCCCCAUAGCUUUGGAAUUUCCAUCCUUCUUUGAUGGCCAUGACGGGUGGUGUUGCUCUGUUGUGGGUCCUCCUGUGCAGCUGGCUCAUCUCUGUCCUGGCUGCUGCCAAAGUACCAGAAGAUGAGGCUUCUUGGCUGUUGGGAGAUCAUGACAAAGACAAUUUCAUUAGAGCGGUUCUUAUGGCAGGAUUCUGAAAAGUUCUUUAAAAAAAAAAAAAAGGCACUGGUAGAGCAAACUGCCUUCUGUCAUUGAAAAUAUAUACAGAGCAGUCCACUUCGAUUGAUAUCUGAAUUAAAUAAGAGAGUGGCUGUGCUGAAUCAUUGCUUCCUAGAAACAUCAGGAUGUUAAUGUGGUUGUAAGUAUUAAGAAAAGCUAUUAAUGGGACAAGGCCUCAAUGUCGGCUCAGUCAUGCAGGCUGAAAUUCAUUUCUGGGCUUAGGUUCACGCGGAGGUCACAAGCCAAAGCUUUUUCAACAGUGGCCCAGAUUCUUCUUCCAUUUAGUUUUUACAAAGACUCGAUGGAAUUAGAGCAGCUGAGUGGCAAUCUGAAUCAGAAUAAGCUUUGGUCAAGAUACCCAGUUAACACUGCAGAAGACUUAUAACUUUUUUACUGGAUUUAAACCCUCUUUCCUCCAUAAGCACAGCUUCAAUAGAUAUAAUUUACACUUAAAACAGCAACCAAAGUUAUGUCCAUUCAAAAGACAAAUUACUAAUCUGCUCCAGAGUCCUUUUCCUCUGUAUGGAGACAGCUCCAUUUACCUGAUUUUGAACUAUGACUUAAAGAGAAUAAAAAUAUAUUGUUACACUGAGUUGUAACAACACGUUUCUUCCUGGAUUUCCCACAGAGUAAACCCAUGUCAGAAAAGAUGUAAUUUAUUUCCUCCUGCUGUCAUUAAAAGAUAGUAGUAACUGUAAUACUGGAAAAAGAAAGUGGUUAAUAUAAGUUCUAUAAUAAUUAAGUUUGCUUGAGAGCUAUCUGCAAAGCUUUAGAUCAGCAUGUGUUGAUAGCCAAGUUAUAAAUAUCUGCUAUGAAGCUAUAAUAUAAUUGCUGCUGUUUUUUUCAUUGAAAUGAAUGGAGAGCUGGAAUACAUAUUAAUGGAGUCAGUUGUAAAUUUUCUUCAUGCACUGAAGCACAUUGAAGUCUUGGCACAAGAAACGGUAGUAAGUAUAUAACUGGAUGGAAUAUGUUUACUAAAUUAUCAAUAGCUUGAUGCGACAUCUAAGAUCGCAGCACAACUUGGAUGAGAUGUUACAAUAUUUACCUAGUUCUGUCAAAAUAUCCUGACUACUUUUAUCGUGCAGUGACAUGGUUUAAGUAUGUGAUAGCUGCAAAGAUAUGUGAUGGAUCCUGUAACAGGUAAAAAAAGGUCUGAGUUCCAGCUAUAAGAAGACCUUUCAGUAUAUUGCUGCACAAGACACCUGAUUAAAAUUCAGAGUAAACCUUAGAGUAAGUGUUAGUCCAAACUCACCUUUCCUCCUACAUUGCUUUGUUCUCCUUUGCACGUAGUCCUGGUACGCGAAGUUGGAAGUUGAUGGCCGGCAGGCACGGUUACAGAAAGCUGCUGCCCAGUAGCCAGAGAUGAAGAUUAAAUGCAUGUUGCAACAUCCUGAUUUCUUCAGGUGUUUAGUCCUGCAUCUCCUGAAGCGUUUCCUCAGGCGUACCCAGCAACUUCAUUCCUUGGUUAUUUCACAGAGCAGCUUAGGGCACUUUGCACGUUGUAGGAUCCGAUCGAGUAUUUGUAACAAAAUUUCACUAGCGCAUACUACAAAGUCACUCUUGGAAAAGAAGAUACUCAAUAAAUCUGUCUACAUUUCAUUAAAUCAAGGAGUAUGGCUGGCUACUUUUUGAAGAUAGCUUUUUUUUUUUGUUUCCCCUCCUACAAUUAGAUUUUUAUCUAUGCAAGAAUAUCUUCCUAAUUACCAUCAAAGCAUUCAAAUGUAAGCUUUAAACAAAAAAAAGAACCUAUAGGCAUUUGCAUCCUGCUUUCGGGACCUGGGAACUAUAUUAGCAGGUCUCUCUAGUAUUUUGAUGAAUAUUUGCAGGAAUAAAUGGAGGUUUUGUUUGCCUAGCUUGGAAUCUCUUAAAGGGUGGGUGUUCAGCAUUUCUGGAAACCCAGACUAAUUUAAAGAUGUUUUGUGGUGUAUAGAAAUCACAAAUUAGCUGUAUUUCCUAACCUUUAUCAAAGUAAUUCCAAAAUCACAUCCCUAGGCAAAGUAGAAAGGCCAUCAUGGGUUUAAGUCCUACAAACUAAACAGAAAUGCUUAAUCUUUAAAACAUUGUUUUGUAGUGUUUGGGCCUCUAUAUUUUUUAAGUAGGUGCAUCAUGGGUAUAUUUUUAAAUCUCUUACUAAACUUUGUUAGAAACUUUUUCAAAUGAACAUACUGGAAGUCGAUUAACUUGUCUUAAACCUUUUAAGCUGCUAUGAUCUGUAACAAUUAUGUUGUUCAAAACAAAACCAGCCUGUUUAAUGUUCUCUUAUUUAUGAUAUUUGGAACUCCAAAGUACAACAAAUGUGACGUGAAUACAUUCAAUAUCUUAUGCAUUACCAUUAUUUGCUUCUUUCCCAGUGGAGGUGAAAGAUCUUGUAAGACCCAAUUGGCAACUGUGAUUGAAAUGUGCUAUCAAAAUGAAGAACAAAGAAAUAAAGUUAAAUAGAUCUGU